UAUAAUUAAUUAUUGUGACUAAUAUUAUGUAUUGUAACAGGAAAUUUACAAGAAAGGAGGAAGAAAAUUUGCCAUAUUUACUUUGAUUCCCUUAGGUUGUUUUCCAGGUGCUAGGGCUUUUACCUUUCAACAAAACAAGAGUGGUGAAUGCAUAAAUGAACUAAAUGAGAUACUGAAAAUGCAUAGUUUGGCUCUUCCGAAAACGAUGAAGAAAUUACAAGAUGAAUUAGCAGGAUUUAAGUAUACAUUGUUUGAUCUAUAUGAAGUAAUUGAUCAAAGAAUCAACCAUCCUUUGAAAUUUGGGUUUGAAGUAUCAAAGAAGGCAUGUUGUGGUACAGGACCCUUUCGAGGAAUUAACAGUUGUGGAGGAAAGAGGCAAGUUAAAGAGUACCAACUUUGCAAAAAUCCCAAAGAUUAUGUAUUUUUCGAUGCUUCGCAUCCCUCACAAUCCACCUACCAACAGUCUGCUAAACUGUUAUGGCAUGGCGAUCCGCAUGUCACUAAACCUCAUGGCCUAAAAUCUUUUUUCGAAUUUUCAGGCUAAAUCCACCAUAAAAUUGGUGUGCACUAUUUUUUAUUUUUUUUGGGUCCUCCAACUUGUAUGCAUACAUUUCUACUUCAACUCACAAACUAAAAUAAUACUGCAUUUGCUUUUUAGAAU